UCUCUCCCCAGGCUCCGGCCAAUUCAUUCCCCGGCCAUGUCGGCGGCGGUGGGCGGCGCCGAGUUCCACGGCUUCGGCGGCGCGGCGCAGCUGCCCAGGUCCCGGAUGCUCGGGCGGCCCCUCAGGGUGGCGCCGCCAGGGGCGUCGCCGGCUGGCGGCGGCGGCAACGCAUCGGCGGCCAGCAUUCGCGCAGUAUCCGCGCCUUCGAAGAAAGACGCCACAGUCAAGCGAAGCAAGGUUGAGAUAAUCAAGGAGAACAGCAACUUCCUGCGGUACCCUCUAAACGAGGAGCUGGUCUCGGACGCUCCCAACGUCAACGAGAACGCCGUGCAGCUGAUCAAGUUCCACGGGAGCUACCAGCAGAGCGACCGGGAGGUGCGCGGGCAGAAGAACUACUCCUUCAUGCUCCGGACCAAGAACCCUUCCGGGAAGGUCCCCAACCAGACCUACCUGGCCAUGGACACGCUGGCCGACGAGUUCGGGAUCGGGACGCUCCGUCUCACGACCAGGCAGACAUUCCAGCUGCACGGCGUUCUCAAGAAGAACCUCAAGACCGUCAUCAGCACUGUGAUCAGGAACAUGGGGUCGACCUUGGGUGCCUGCGGGGAUCUCAACAGGAACGUGCUUGCGCCUGCGGCGCCGUAUGCGAGAAAAGAUAUUCUGUUUGCGCAGGAGACGGCGGAGAACAUUGCGGCGCUUCUUGCGCCGCAGUCGGGGGCUUACUAUGACCUGUGGGUGGAUGGGGAGAAGAUCAUGUCGGCGGAAGAACCUCCUGAGGUCACGGCAGCCCGGAAUGACAACUCACAUGGGACAAACUUCCCUGAUUCCCCUGAACCUAUCUACGGAACCCAGUACCUGCCCAGGAAGUUCAAGAUUGCCGUCACGGUUGGUGGUGAUAACUCGGUUGAUAUUCUGACCAAUGACAUCGGUGUUGUUGUCGUUUCGGAUAGCGCGGGAGAGCCUGUUGGCUUUAACCUCUAUGUUGGAGGUGGCAUGGGAAGGACACACCGAGUGGAAACCACAUUCCCUCGACUAGCUGAUCCACUUGGUUAUGUUCCUAAGGAGGAUAUAUUGUAUGCUAUAAAGGCAAUAGUUGUCACACAGAGGGAUAAUGGAAGAAGAGAUGACCGCAGGUACAGCAGAUUGAAGUAUCUCCUUGACCGUUGGGGAAUUGACAAGUUUCGGGCAGAAGCUGAAAAAUAUUAUGGAAAGAAGUUUGAAGAAUUCCGUCCACAGCCAGAAUGGCAAUUCAACAGCUACCUUGGCUGGCAGGAACAGGGUGAUGGUAAAUUAUUCUAUGGAGUGCAUGUUGACAAUGGUCGUCUCGGCGGGCAAGUAAAGAAAACUCUGCGGGAGAUAAUUGAGAAGUACAACUUGGAUGUUAGCAUUACCCCAAACCAAAAUCUUAUCUUAUGUGGGGUUGAACAGGCAUGGAGAGAACCCAUCACUGCAGCUCUUGCUCAAGCUGGUCUGUUGGAACCGAAGGAUGUUGAUCUCCUGAACAUAACCUCCAUGGCGUGCCCUGCCUUACCUCUGUGCCCUCUAGCACAAACAGAAGCUGAACGAGGGAUCCUACCAAUUCUUAAACGAAUUAGAGCAGUUUUCGACAAGGUUGGCAUCAAGGAAGAGGAGUCUGUAGUGGUGAGAAUAACUGGCUGCCCUAAUGGAUGCGCCAGACCAUACAUGGCAGAGGUUGGUUUCGUUGGUGAUGGCCCAAACAGUUACCAGAUUUGGCUUGGAGGAACACCAAACCAAACCACCUUGGCAGAAACGUUUAUGAAUAAAGUGAAGCUUCAGGAUAUUGAGAAGGUUUUGGAACCACUGUUUUCCUAUUGGCAUAGCACACGUCAGGAAGGCGAAUCCUUCGGGACCUUCACAAACCGAAUGGGUUUUGACCAACUGAAAGAGGUGGUCAACAAGUGGGCAGAGUCAGCAGCAGCCGCAUAAGAGCUUUUUUUGUUGGACAAGUCCCAGCACGUUUUUUGCUGGGUAAAUCUGGUCGUGGUCAAGGACUCUUCAGACAUAAACAAGAGGAAAGAGAAUCUGUCAAUUCCGUUGACAGGCAGAGGAUGAAGACUCGAGUCUCGACUUGCGAUGGAUGAUCUUUUUUCCGUGUGUGUUUGUAUGGAUAACUCGGUUGGAUUUCUUUGUUUAACUUGAGAAUAAAUUCCUUGCAACAAAAUAAACUUGACAAUAGAUUUGUUGAA